CGGAUGUUGGCCAAGUCAGUAUCUGGUCUCUCGUGGUAGGGGAAGGGUGUGUUGUUUUAUUCUCUGGUCAUUUCCCAUGGAAGAUAUCCAGUCAUGGUGGGAGCUACCGAGUAUUGCACACUUUUGCUCACUCUUCAGGGCUGCCUUCGAUCUUCUUGACUUUGAUAUCGAGGAGCUAGAGGAGGCACUACUCACCGAUGGCUUGGACGACACCGGGAGCCCACUGUUGGUGGAGCUGACAGUACGCUUGGUGCAGGGCUGCCUACCUGGCAAGACAGUCAAUGCUACCAAUUACCAGAGUUAUUUAAGGAAGCUCUUCAAACACAAAUGUCAGGAGGAUCCUACUAGAGAAAAUUUAUUUGUUGAGGGGGAUAUGCGAUGGCUCCCGCUUAGACGAAAAGUAGAAAUUCUUCAUGCUAUCUGUGACUUCAGACUAGAAGCUGAAGAUGUUCUUGAUCUCUUAAAAAAUUUAGAAUCCGACAGUUUACGGGUGGAGCCUCUUGGGUACGAUGAUAGUGGCUCUACUUACUGGUAUUUUUAUGGCACCCGCCUCUAUAGGGAAGACCAUUCAUUAUACCACCCUCACAGACGGAAACCAAAGGAUAAAGACAAAGAAAAAGAAGAUAAAAGAAAAAAGAAACGAAAGAAAAAAGGCCAUAAAAAUGAGGAGACUGACGAGGAAGCAGAUAUACCAAAGCCUGUUUGGCAGGUUCAAUGCUUUUCUGAGGAGGAUUGGAACAUUCUCGCAGAAAAGUUUGAAGAUUGUGCGUCCAAACUGGAACGUAGUUUGUUACAGACUCUCCGUGAGGACUUCCUUCCAGAGAUUCCACGGCUCUUCCAGGAAAAAGAGAAGAUUCAGAGAAAGCGUAUGAUGGAAUUUGCUCCCAGAAGAUCUUCUGGACGGGUACAAAAAUUGAAAGAGAAAAAAGAGGAGGAGGAGAAGAAGAUGGCAAUAGAAAUUGUAGAACAGGAAAAGAGAAGACAAUUAGAGGAAGAUAAAAGAAAGAAAAAAAAAGAAGAAGAAUUGGUUGCAGCGGAAAAAGUUGAAAAGAAAAACAUUCGUGAAGUUUUGAAAGAAGAGAUAAUUCAGGAAAAAGCAACGCCAGUCAAACUUAACAAAUCUCCACGAGAAAGAAAAAGAAGUGAAGGCCAUGACUUUAGAGUAAGAGAUAAGGUGGACAAAAAGGUGGAAGUGAUUGAGAUCAAUGACGCAUCUGAUCAUAAUGAGGAUGUUUGGGAGGAACCAGUCAGAAAAGCUAGAAUGGGGAGGCCAAGAAAAAUAAGUACUGAAGAGUCCGAGGAAAAGGUUAAAAGUGGACGAGGAAGAAAGCCAGGUCGUGGGAGAAAACCAGGAAGGAAGCCUGGAUCACAAAGACAGGUUUCAAAAGAGGAAGCGACAGAUGAGGAGGUUGAUGAGAGUACCAAGCCACAGGUGUACAGUGGACGAAAAACCAACAACUCAUUAUCGUCGGUGGCAUUUUCAUUAAAUCACACUGCAGUAGUACCUGAGCCAGAUGUUACCAGUGUGAACUCUGUCACAUCACCACCCACAAAAAAGAAAGUCAAGAGUGCUCAUAUGGUUUUACAAACUGAGGAUGAUUUGCGGACAGGGAUGUACAAAGUUCUUGAACAUCUACGGGACCAUGAAGAUGCUUGGCCAUUUCAUGAUCCAGUUGAAGAGGAAUAUGCACCCAAUUACUAUGCUGUCAUCCGGAGACCGAUGCACAUCACUAGGAUGGAGGAGCGCCUUGAUGCUGGAUAUUAUUCUAAUCUUAAAAUGUUUGAGGGAGACUUUAAACUGAUGAUGGAUAAUUGCAAACUUUACAAUGGUCCAGAAAGUGAAUACACCCACAUGGCAUACACACUUGAGAAAGUGUUUGCUAAGCUCAAGGCUAAAUACCUUGAAGCAGACCUUUCCUCUGAUGAAGAAAUGUAUAUCGACAUGAGCUACCAGCAAGCAGCAAAGAGAAAGAAUAAGAGAAGAAGCAACAGCGAUGAGAAGGAAAACACAAGAAUAGACGGUGGAAAAGGCACACCAAAGAAACGAGGACGCAAAAAAAAGAAAGUUGGAAGAAAACCAAAGGAAAAACAUAAUAAUGAUUCACAUGUUUCACCAGAGAAGGAAAAAGAAUGGAAAAAAAGUAAAUUUUCCAGGGAAAAAGACAAAGAAAAAGACAAAACUAAGAAUAAAGACAAACCAAAGAUAGAUGAAUAUGAAUUUCGUGAUGAUGAUGAUGAGGAUGAUGACGACGAUGAUGAAGAUGAGUUUGAGGAACCGCCCCUUCUAGUUAGGGAAGAUCCUUAUCCUGAGGAGGAUGACGAGAUGGAGGAAGAUGAAGAAAUGGCAGAACCUCUUUCCAUUACUGAAGAGUCUCACAAGGAAGACACAAUAGCUGUAAAAAAUAAAGUGGGUAGACCCAGAAAGGAAGAUGUGAGUAAAAAAUUAAUUAAUGAAGUUAUGACUGGCGAGGGCGAGGAUGAGGAGGAGGAAGAAGAGGAGGACGAUGACGACAUGGAGCCCGAUGUCUGCUUAUAUUACAAUAAUAACGACUAUAGAAGUGAUGAAGAAGAAAAUGAGGAUGAGAAGAGCAGUGCUGAUUACAUCAGUGAAAGACAUAACGAAUUAUUUGGCGAAAUAGAUGAUAUUGAAGAUGAGGAUGAAGGUCAAGAAGUGGAUGAAGAGGAAGAGGAGGAGGAGGAGGAGGACGAGGAAGAAGACGAGUCUGUUGUGAAAGUCAGUGAAAAAAAUAAACAUAAUCAUUCUGGGAAACAGAGUAAAAAGAAAAGUGGUUCAUUGAAAGACAAAGAAAAAAAGAAGCACAAACACGGGGAGAAGCAUGAUAAACACCAUCACCACCACCAUCACCAUCACCAUCACCAUCAUAAAAGUAAAUCAAAAGAGGGGAAGCAUCAUAAGAAGAAAAAUAAACAUGCUUCUGAAAAGGAUGCUAAGAAGAUAUUGAAGGUGGAAGAUGUUUAUGACUAUUCAGAUGAUGAAGAUAAAGGGGAGAAUGUAGAGGGUAGAGAGGGUAAUAAAGUUGCAGUCAAAACCAAAGAUGAGACUGGGAAGAAAAAGAAAAAAAUCAAACAUCGAGGAAAGCAUGAGAAGCAUGGAAAACAUCAUGAUAAACUAGAAAAGCAUGAAAAGCACAAAGAAGGGAAAGCUAAGGAAAGUAAGAAAGAAAGUAAAAAGAAAAACGGCAAGAAAAAGAAAAUUCCAGCCAAAAAUAUGGCGGCAAUUGAUGCUUUGUCUGUGGCAACUGAACAGACACUUAAGGACAUAACAACAAUGCUGGAUGAUUCCAAUGUCCCACGCAUUAGUGAAUAUUCUUCUGCCAGCAACUCUCCAUCACAUAAGGUCACAGCUGAGGAGUUUGAAGCCAUUGCAUAUAAAAUUGAAGCGGAAUACAGAAGAAAAUUAAUGAUGGAUGAACCCAAAGAUAAAGAUAAGAAGGCUCACAAGAAGAAGAAAAGGAAAAAUGGAAAUGGAGGAGAUGGAGAAGAAGAACCAAAGAAGAAAAAAUUGAAAAAAGAGAAAAAACCAGAAAAUGAUAAGGAAAGUUUAGACAAUACUAAAGAACUAUUUAAAGAUAUUAAGGAUGGAAGAAUAAAGCCAGGGGCUAUUAUCAAAUCAAAAGAUAUUGCCAAGAAGGAGGGUGUUGUAAAAAAAGAAACCAAAAGCUCAACAGAGGGUAAGCCAAAAGCAAAGACCAACCCUUUCGGCAAGAUAAAUAAGCAAGAGCAUUCAAAGUUGACCACACUCAUAGCAAAAGCCAAAGAGUCACGAAUUGGGUUAGUACCGAAUAGCGAAGUAGGGGAUAGUCCCAAACUUAGUCUAGGUAGUAUUAUCCUCUCAGGAGACAUCGGCACAGGUAUUAAAUCAUCACGUGAAGCUAACAGCACAGAUGAAGAAGAAAAAUGGGAACCAAAAGAGAAAUGGGAUAGCCCAUGGGAAAAUAGGUGGGAAAAAGUUCCAGAAAAGGAGGAAGCUCCAUCUAUAAGAGAAGAGGAAGAGAAAGAAGAAAUCCCAGAGGUAGAAGAAUUCACAGAGAGAAUAAGUGAAGAGCCGCCACCAACACCAAGGGCUCCAGAAAUAAAGCAAGAGCGAGCAACUCCUAAUUUGAGUGCCUGGUUUAAGGCCUUUGGUACUCCCAAGCUCUCCUCAGCAGGUCCUAAGAAGAUGCCGGAUGAGCAGAUGGACAGUCCGAAGGAAGUAGAUGAUAAUGAAAUAAUUAAUGUUGAUGAUGAAGGUGAAGUAGAAGAAGCUGAGCCAAACAUACUGAAUGAACCUCCUCCAUCACUACUGCCACCACCAAGUCCAGAACCUCCAGUUUCUCCAGAGCCACCAAUCUCUCCAGAGAAACCACCCGAGACUCCGUGGUAUGAGAAAUUAGAUGAAAAAUUAGAAGAUGAACCAAUCUGGAAGAAAAUGAAGAUGGAAGACCAAGAAUAUGCGAUUCGGGACUGCAGUAUGCCUGAUGAAGAAGAUGACCCGUAUAAGUUUGAGGAAGAAGAGCUAGAUCGUGCUCGAGAAGAGGCUAAAAAAUUAGAAGUUGAACGACAGCGAAAAGCCUCGGUAUCGUCUUCCGGUGUAUCUGACCGCUCACCUCUUAAUCAUAGCUUUGACUCGGACCGUUCUCCAGCUGCAUUCUCAUCUGAGGGUGAACGCUCACCAAUGACACGAUCACCCCAUACUCCCGGAUUUGGCUCGAAACCAUUUUCACCAGUUCCAGAAAAGUCACCAAAUGUACCUGCUUAUUCUCCUAGAUUUGAAACGUCCUUAUCAAAACCAUUUCCAUCCUAUGAUCCAGAAAAAUCUAAAUAUCAGGCAAAUGGUGCAAUAAAAGUAGGUUUCUAUCAAGAUAUGACAGACAAGACUAAUGCUGACAAACCAGAAAAAAAAGCUGUCGAGCUGAAGCCAGCAGAAUCACCAGUUUACAGUCCCACUGUACCAUAUAUGAGUUCCUUCUAUUCCAGCAAAGCUGAAGCUAAUAAAAAGCAAAAAUCUCCUGCAGGCUUUGCAAGUUUUUAUAGUACAUCCGAUUCCAAUCUCGACAAAGCCAAAGCUCCCCAUUACUACUCAGCUUCUGCUCCAGCGACACCCACAAGCAAACCCUCCCCAGCUUCACUAACACCUGAUUCAGCUGAAAAGACUAAAUCACAGUAUGGUUAUUAUUCAUAUGAUACAACUAAACCCCUUACAGAUCAAUAUAAAAAUACUGGUUCAGUACCACCUCCCCCAUCACAAAAGAAGCCUCAGGGGUAUUUUAAUACCCAAGAUGCUUCAAAGAAACAGCCAUCUUUAUCACCAGCUGCCCACUCUGGCCCAUUGUCCAGUGAUUUAGCAUCUCCUGGGCCAGUUACACUGCCAACACCAAGUCCAGUUAUGCCCAUCAAAUCUGAGAUGCAGCCCCUAAAAAAGAGGGCACCCAUAGACCGUAGUGUUCAAGACUUCCCACCCAGUACACCAGUUGCAGUUGGGGGAGAAACCACUGUUGGUGGACCCACUCCACCGUGGACAGAUCCAAAAUCUGUAGAAGAUACUAUAAAUACGAGUAGUGUAGCCUCUCCUAAUGUGACGGUUCCAUUUUCACCACAUCCAUCUGCAUUACCUGCCAACCUGGCCAAUUUAUCCCAGAUUGUUUCCCGUAUUACAGAGCCAGAUUCUGGCAGACCUGCUGCCGAGAAAGAUUCAGUCAAGACACCUACUGAACCUCAGCGGACCCCUUCCACAUACCCAACUCCUGACACUGCUGUAGGGAAGGCUUUACCAUCUCCUAUAUUUGAUGUAACUGGAGGACAGACUCCUACACAAAGUCAAGUUUUAGAUUUAGAACGUAGUGGAAUAACUUCUGUUAAUGAUUUAACUAAAUUGCAUCAGCCAAAUCUAUCUGUUACUGGAAUAAUACCACCACCACCACCACCACCACCACCAGCAACAGCAGCAGCAGUACCAGCAGACCUGACCCUGCAGUUAGAUUCAGAACAGCUGCAGGACAUGUCAGUGCUGCCAAAUUACCAUCAGCAGAUUACCAGCCCACAUAUGCAAACACAGCCUGGUCUUGCCUCACCCCAACAGUUGUCCAAAGGUCCACAAACUCCUCAGUCCCAAAUACAUAGUGGUCCACAACCUCCAAUAGCACACCAAAAGCUCACAGAGAGUACUCGUCCUGCUAGUCGUGACUUGCCACCUGCUCAUGCCACUGAUAAGUCACACAUGUACCUGCAACAGAAAAGUAUGUGGAGUUCCAGUUUGGCCACAAGCUUGGCUUCUAGCCUAGCUUCUAGCUUGCCGCCAAGUAUUGUUACAAGUUUGGCAAACAGCUUAGGAAGUAAUUUGGCAACCACCUCAGUAAUUGCAUCUUUGCAUAAAAUGGGGUCCUUACCAUCUGAACGUCUCGCACAGGAUCGACUAACGCAAGAACGUUUGGCUCUUGAUCGUGCAGCUUUCGCUUCUCUUGCCAGUCGCACAGGGCAGGCAAAUAUAUUUUCACAUGAACUCUUGCAAAGAGGGUCAGUUAGUGCCGGACAAACUCAAGUGGGAAGUGGGCCAAGUAGUGGAGGAUCUUCAGGAGGUAGUUCAGCUGGAACUCCAGCAUCAUCAGGUCGCUCUGCUUCUAGUUCUAGUAGUGCUGCAGGCGGGUCUUCAACAACAGCCAGCAACAGUGUAGAGUUGGGUAUUGGACGUUCAUAUGCCAAUAUGAUGACUGGUCAAUCCUCUCCACUAUUUGGCCGUGGAGAAGGUGCUCUUACUCCAGGCUCUUUGCCACGUCCACUGUCUGGUUCAUCUUCCCCAUUUUUACCACAGUCUCCAGGGCUGAGUGCAGCAUUAGGUCUACCAGGAGCCCCUCGGACUCCCACUCCUGCCCACCAACAGUCCCAUCAAAGCCUGCCUGGAUUGAGCCAGGGAACUUUCCCAUCUUUAUCACGGGACCCAAGGGAUCCUAUCUCACAGUCUCACCCAUCCCUUCAGAUUCCCAGUCUUAAUUCUAUAUCAUCUACACAAGCUCAGACACUCAGCCACCUUAAUGCUGCCAGUUUAGCGUCAUACUCUGGUCGCGAUUCAUUGGCGCUAAUGAACCAAGGUAGCCGUGGGUCGCUAGCGAGUGGUCUAGUAGAUCCAACGUCUCAGCUUUACCAGCAGUACCUUCAGCAGCGGCAGGCCCAAGAGGAGCUGUUACUUAGAUCAGCUGGUGCCCACCCUUCUCAGUUGGCUGCUCACCAGUCCAUGAUGCUCCAACAGGGGCUCAUGAGUGCAGCUGGCUACUCCUCAGGCUACCCUCCCUCCCUUGGCCUCAGACCAGGGUCUUAUCAAGGCAUGAAUAGACCUUGGCUCUGAAGUUGUUAACCCACCUCAAAACUGCAGGCCCACCAUGGCUACAAAGAGGCCCAUCUUGUUAUCUGUUAAUAUAUUUGGGUUGCUGUCAUCCCAAGAUUCCUGUGGUUUUGUUUUGUUUUCCAGAAAUUAUGGCAUGCAGUGCAGCAGCCGAGUGCAAUAGGUUAAGUUCUUUCCUUUGUGAAAUAAGAGAACUAUUUUUAUAUUUACUUUAUCAGUAUUUAUAGAAUAUUUUUUAUUUAUUUAUAGUUUGAAGGCAUUUUUUGUUAUAAAUUGUAAUCCUGUUAAAAUUGUUUUGUUGUGAUUUUAAUAUAAUGCAAAUACAGUAGAGAAAUGUAUGCUGCCAAUAAAAAAAUAUAAAAUUUUAUUGUGCCACAUGCAAUGCAAGCAGCUGGUUUUAUCACAAAACAGGUGGUUUAUUGUACAAAAAUGUGAUUUAAAAGAUUGAAUGACUUAAGUUUAAUAACUGAUGUGUUAACAGCAGCUCUUAAAUUGGUCAGUUGACCUGGUGGGAUGAUGCAGCAAACAGCCAAGUUUGUACCCAUGUACAUUUGACUUCUGGGAAGUUUACUUCAUAAUACUCACUGCAUUAUUAUCUUAUCCCUAAAAUGUACCUGAAAACAACUGGGAGUGUAUUUGUGUCGAUGCGUCUUAAGGGACCUGGAGUGUAAGAUACAGAGUGUUAUGUAAUGAAUUACCCAAAGCUUGGUUAAAGCUGGACUGUGUUGGAUCUCAUUUGUCUACCCACUGGAGUGGCAGGUGUGGGGUGCAAGCCAACAGUACAAAAACCUGCCUGAGGAAGUUGUCUACCCCUGGUGGCUAGCUAGAACUGUAAAUGUGAUGUUGUGUUGUGGCUACCUAACCUUGAGGGCUCAGGCUCCAGGGACUACUUACCCUUCCACUACUCUGCAUAAUCUAAAUAUAACUUACAUUUUUAAGAAUUUUUUAAAAGAAAAUUCAGUAUUUCCUGCACGAUGCAUAAUUCAAA